AUGGCCCUCCGGACACUGCCCUGGGCUCUGGCGCUGCUGGGCGCCGCCCUCGCCCUCUCCCUCGCCCCGGCCCGGGCCCAAGAGCGACCCGAGCAGCUCUGCGGCCUCCGCUUCGUGCGCACCAUCGUGCGCCUCUGCGGGGGUCCCCGCUGGGCCCCCGAGGACAAGGACAGGCAGCCCCCGGGGGGCGGCGACCAAGAACUUCUGCAGUGGCUGGAGCGGAGCCGACUCCAGGGACUUGCCGCCGCCAGGGACCCCGAGCUGGACCCAGGCCCAGAGACCCUUUGGCCCCCCAGAAACCGCAAGAGCCGAGGGGCUGCCCCAAGCCCCUUGAACCCGGCCUGGCACUGCUGUCUCCACGGCUGCACCCGCCACACCUUGCUGAGCCUGUGUCCCCACUGA